AGCAGCAUAUUCUGCUCGAGCGUAUUUAAACCAAUGUUUAAUUCAGAACGCAAACGAAGCGCGUGGCGGCCACUUGCCGAUGCCACGGGGAGGCAAAGAACAGAUUCAUCUGGUAAAAUGUCGCUGUGCCGUGCAUGUUUAGUCCUGCUCAGCACCGAAGAUGCCGGAUAUAAUUUGUAUCGCGAAAAGGAUUUGGCUGCGAAGUUCAUUGGUUGUAUGGGCGCUAGCGAAGGUUUGCGAUUUUUGGGUGCACCCUUCGACGAGGAGGUGAGUCCACAAAUUGUGCUCAAAUGCAUUUGCGAGUGCUGCUACCAAUUGGUGCAGAAAUUCUACGAUUUUCAACGCAUGUGCGAAGAGUCCUUGAGGAACUUUCAAAUACUGAUGGCCCAAGUCAAUGCAAAGGCCAAGGACCAAAUUGCCGAAUAUCCCGAGAAGAAGCAGGAGGAAAACCAAAUAACUCAAAUUUCGGCAUUUGCACUCGACUCAAUGGAAGAUAUUGAAGAGGUCUACAUAAUUGAAGAUGAUGCUGCUAAACAAACUCUGGGGAAGGAAAGGCCAACCAAAGUUGCCACAUCUUUUAACAUUCCGAAGCGUCCUUGCGGCCUGCGACACAAGAUUGAGUGCAACAUUUGCGGCAGGGGAUUUUAUAAGAUGUCUGUGUACGAGGCCCAUAUGCAGAUCCACCAAGGAAAACAGCCCUACAAAUGCACAGUCGACAAAUGUGAAAAAUCCUAUUCGCGAGCAAACUUGCUGGAGGUCCAUUUGCGUGAGGUGCACCAGAACAAUAGAUCUACAUUUACCUGCACCGAACCCAAUUGCAACAAGGUAUACAGUGCGCUCAGCAGUCUCAAUUAUCAUCUGAGGCGCCAGCACAUUCAGCAUCCGAAGGAUGUCGAGUCGAGCAGCUCGGAACAUGUAUGCGAAAAAUGUGGCAAGUGCUAUGGGCGAAGGGCUCACCUGACACGCCACCAAUGGGUGCACCGAAGCAAGAACGAAUGCACUUUUGCAUGCAACGUGUGCGGCAUGCGUUUCUAUACCAAACAAAAUCUAAACGAUCAUUUCCUGCGGCGCCACAGCAACAGCAAUCAACUUUGGCGUUGCAAGCGUUGUGUGCGAAUUUUUGGAUCUCGGCUAGCAUUGUCCGUUCACAUGAAGAAACACCUGAGAUCGACGCGUAAUCCUUAAGUCAAUAUUAGGUGGCAUUCAUGAUUAGAACUGAU